AGACAAACACACACAGUUCUCAGUGUAUUGUAGUAAUUCCAUAAUACAUACUGUAACUAUGUAGGAGGAUGAUCAUUAUUGCUUUCUGCAGUUAAACAAAAAUUUAAAAAGUUAUGACAUAAAAAGACAAAAUGAUGUACAUAAUGAACACAAAAGGACAUGUUCACACGGAGGUCAUUACAACCAUUUCAAUAAUCAUUUUCAUGAGAGACGGAAACGAUUUGUGCCUCUUUUUAAAAUUUCAGCUUAUUUGGCAAUUCUUCUCACCCCACGAUUGAGAAACUGAGAGCCAUUGUGCAUUAUUUCAACACUGUCACCAGUGAAAGCUCUCGGCCACAGGGGCUGGUUACCUUUGAGAGAUGUUGCAUCCCAGAUCAACAACUUCCCCAUUGGAGAAAGAAGCCUGAACACCUGGGAAAUGUCCGUGUCACUUCUGAGGGAACCAUUGAAAAUGAAGGCAAAGGGAUGUUGCAGGUGGAUUUUGCCUGCAAUAUGGUGGGGGGAGGCGUGCUGGGCUCUGGGCUGGUCCAGGAGGAGAUCCUCUUCCUCAUCAACCCGGAGCUGAUUGUGUCCAGGCUCUUCACAGAGAAGCUCAGCGAUAACGAGUGCCUCAAGAUUACAGGAGCCCAGCAGUACAGCGAAUACACAGGCUACAGUAGAAGCUUUGAGUGGAGUGGACCCCAUGUUGACACAUUGUCAAGAGACAACUGGAAGAGGCUUCAUCGUAAGAUAGUCGCCAUAGACGCUCUGAACUUUAAACAUUCGAUGGAGCAGUAUACGUUGAAAAAGAUCAAGCGUGAGCUGAACAAGGCUUAUGUUGGGUUCUGGGAGGAAGGGCGUUUUGCUUAUGAACUACCAACUGUUGCCACAGGGAACUGGGGUUGUGGGGCCUUCAAUGGAGAUCCCAUCCUCAAAGGUCUCAUUCAGAUGAUGGCUGCCGCUGUGGCGCAGAGAGACAUGGUAUACUUCUCUUUCAGAGACAAAGACCUGGAAAGGAGACUGCGGAAUAUGCACGCACUUCUUAAAGAGCGCGAAUCCACCGUCGGAGACUUAUACACUAUGCUGGACAACUACUGCAAAUUAAGCAGACCACAAGACCUUUAUCACUUCAUACAGACUUACAAGAACAACAGAAGUUCACUCUGAAUGGGCAGCCAAACUGCAGAGCCUGAUGCCUAAUGCACAAAGCCAUAUACUGCACUACUUAAACAAUAAAUUAUUAUGUGCCAAA